AGGCGAAGAGUUCGUCAAAGGAAGAUCUCGAAGAAGGAGCUGCUCUUCCCGAUUAUAUGUAGUCAUAGAGUAAAAAUUCACAAUGAGCUUGGCUCAAUCCUUAGCCUUCGAUGAGUAUGGCAGGCCCUUCAUCAUUUUGCGUGACCAGGGCUCCAAAACCCGCUUGUCAGGCAUCGACGCACAGAAGGCGCAUAUCAAUGCGGCGAGAACCGUCGCCUCUACCUUGCGUACAUCGCUUGGACCCAAAGGUAUGGACAAAAUGAUGGUCAGUGGUGAUGGGUCAGUCACCAUUACCAACGAUGGUGCCACCAUUCUCGCUCAAAUGGACGUUGAGCAUCAGAUAGGAAGACUGUUGGUCGAACUGUCCCGAUCUCAGGAUGAAGAAAUUGGUGAUGGCACAACAGGUGUUGUUGUUCUUGCUGGAGCGCUUCUUGAACAAGCAGAGCAGCUUCUGGACCGUGGUAUCCACCCUAUCCGUAUUGCUGAUGGCUAUGAGCAAGCAGCAAAGAUUGCCACCGACCAUUUGGACACAAUCAGCGAGUCGUUUCCUGUUGAUCCCAACAACAAGGAGCCUCUUAUCGAGACUGCCAUGACUACCCUCGGAUCAAAAAUUAUCAACCGCUGUCACCGGCAGAUGGCUGAGAUCGCCGUCGACGCCAUCAUGGCAGUUGCCGACAUGGAGCGCAAAGAUGUUGAUUUUGAGUUGAUCAAGGUUGACAGCAAGGUCGGUGGCAAGCUUGAAGAUACUCAGCUUGUCCGAGGUGUUGUUGUUGAUAAAGACUUCAGUCAUCCACAGAUGCCCAAGGAACUGAAAGAUGUAAAGCUUGCAAUCCUCACAUGCCCGUUCGAGCCACCGAAGCCCAAGACAAAGCAUAAGCUUGAUGUCAGCUCUGUUGAAGACUAUCGCAAACUCCGAGACUACGAGAAGGGCAAGUUCCAAGAGAUGGUGAAGCAGGUCAAGGACACCGGUGCCACGCUAGCAAUUUGCCAGUGGGGUUUCGAUGAUGAAGCUAACCAUUUACUUCUUCAGCAUGACCUCCCUGCUGUGCGAUGGGUUGGUGGUCCCGAGAUUGAGCUCAUUGCUAUUGCAACUGGUGGACGUAUUGUGCCACGGUUCUCAGAGCUCACAGCAGAGAAGCUUGGCAAGGCUGGUAUUGUUCGUGAGCUGUCAUUCGGUACAACUAAAGAUCACAUGCUGGUUAUUGAGGAGUGCCCCAACUCUAGAGCUGUCACCAUCUUCAUCCGUGGUGGAAACGAGAUGAUCAUCGCCGAGGCAAAGCGCAGUCUGCACGAUGCCCUCUGUGUUGUACGCAACCUUGUGAGAGACAACCGCAUUGUCUAUGGUGGUGGCGCCCCAGAAAUCUCAUGCUCAUUGGCAGUGAAGAAAGCAGCCGAUCAGAUCUCAACUUUGGAGCAGUACGCUCUCCGUGCUUUCGGUGAUGCCCUUGAGACCGUCCCGAUGGCACUGGCAGAGAACUCUGGCCUCCAUCCGAUCCGCACCCUUGCCAACGUCAAGGCGCAGCAAGCAGCGGAAAUGAACCCACGUCUUGGUAUCGAUUGCCUCAGCAAGGGAACCAAUGACAUGAAGACACAACACGUCAUCGAAGUCUUGCACUCCAAGAAGCAACAAAUCUUCCUCGCAGCUCAACUUGUAAAAAUGAUCCUGAAGAUCGACGACGUCCGCUCGCAAGGAGAAGGCCAGGGACAGUAAAUUCUUAACCCAACCCCUCGGCUCUUGUGUAAAUUUUCAAACCACAUGUUCAUAUCUUCCAUAUUCCUUUGUUAUGCUCGACACAUGAAACCCACAAAACGAUGCACAUACCAUCAUGAUAAAAUAUCUGUAUUUUUGCUGAAGGAGCUCAAUGGAUUUCAAAAAAAACUAUGGCCGAUGUGUGGCCCAUGUUCA